GGCUUCUCGGUAGCGUUAGUUUGGGUUCGGAAGGGAACAUGGCUGAUCCUCUGAGGUCCGGAAUCAAUUCUAAGUUGUGUUUGUUUGCGCAUGUGGUGAUUUUUGCCUGGUAUGUGUUCACUGUAUAUGAGAACUGCGUCAUCACCAGUUCCGGGCGGCACCCGGGCGCGAGCUCUUACGGAGGCCGGUGGAAAUAUUUAACCUUCAUCAACCUGGUGAUGCAGAUGGUGUUUUUUGGACUCUGUGUUGUAACUGAUCUGAUCCAUGCAGUGCUGCCAAGGAAAAGCAGUGUCUCGUCGCUCCUCGUCACUGUGCGGGAUUUCUGCUUCACCGUUCUCGCCUUUCCAAUCGGAACUUUUGUCUUCAUUUCGUUCUGGUCCAUCUACGCCUACGACCGAGAGCUGGUCUUCCCCAAGGCUUUAGAUGACAUCAUUCCUACAUGGAUGAAUCACGCUAUGCACACUGUGAUCCUGCUGCCGCUCCUGGUGCAGAUGUGCCUUCAGCCUCACAGACACCCGAGUCGCUGCAGAGGAAUCCUGGCCCUGGCGCUCUUCGUUUCCCUUUACUUGGCGUGGGUGUUGUGGGUGCGUCAUGCAUCAGGGAUCUGGAUUUACCCCAUCAUGGCUCACCUCAGUCCUGCAGGCCUCGUCGUGUUCCUCAGCAUGGCGUCUCUCAGCAUGGCUCCUCUGUACCUGCUGGGAGAGAAACUCAACCGUGCAAUCUGGGGUCCUUCAGGAACUCAUGAUCUGCUCUCUCAAAGGAAAUCAGAAAAAGAAGAAGAAAUGAAGAACCAAAAAAAUGGGACUCAACCAUCAACAGACUAGAGAGAGCUGGAACAUGUCCUUCACCAGCACUGAGAACAUUCUGCCAGAGCACUGAUUCAUUAUAAAUCUCCACCGUUUACACAAAGGGAUUUAAAUUAAACAGUAUAACCAUGUAUCACUACCCAGGUGAUUCACCAGGUGAUCAUACAGACAAUGAUGAUUCACUAAAUCUCUCCUGCUCUUGAUUCACUAGAUGAUUCACUAAAUGAUCACGCAGACAAUUCACAAGGUGAUCACACAUGAUUCACUAAAUGAUUCACUAGGUGUUCACCCAGGUGAUUCACUAAAUGAUCACACAGAUGAUUCCCUAAAUGAUUCACUAGGUGUUCACCCAGGUGAUUUGUUAAAUGAUCACACAGAUGAUUCACGAAAUGAUUCACUAGGUAUUCACCCAGAUGAUUCACUAAAUGAUCACACAGAUGAUUCACUAAAUGAUUCACUAGGUGUUCACCCAGGUGAUUCACUAAAUGAUCACACAGAUGAUUCACUAAAUGAUCACACAGAUGAUUCAUGAAAUGAUUCACUAGGUGUUCACCCAGGUGAUUCGUUAAAUGAUCACACAGAUGAUUCAGUAGUGGUUCACUUGGUGAUUCACUUGGUGAACACACAGAUGAAUCCCUAAGUGUCCACGCUGGUGAAUCUCUAAUGCCCCUUUUCCACCAAAUCAGUUCCAGGGCUGGUUCGGGGCCAGUGCUUAGUUUGGAACCGGGUUUUCUGUUUCCACUGACAAAGAACUGGCUCUGGGGCCAGAAAAACGGGUUGCAACUCUUUGCUGGGCCAGAGGAAAGAACCGCUUAUGUCAGCAGGGGGGCGGAGUUGUUAAGAACGACAACAAUAGCAAGACCGCGAAAGGUCGCCAUUUUUAAGCGACGAGAAGCAGCAGCUGUACAAACGCGAAGUCAUCCAUUAUUAUUGUUGAUGCUGCUUCUUGUUCUCCGUGUUGUUGUUGUUGCUUCGAAAUUUGCGCCAAGGUUUAUGCAAAUGCAGCGACGUAACUGACAUGUACAGCGACGUAACUGAUGUAUACAGCGACGUAAUGACGUGGCUCCCCUUAGCACCGCGAGCUAUGGAAAAGCAAACUGGUUCUCAGCUGGCUCGCAAGUUGAACGAGUUGUGAACCAGCACCAGCACUGGCCCCGAACCAGCCCUGGAACUGAUUUGGUGGAAAAGGGGUAUCAGUGAUCACACAGCUGAUUCAGUGUCUCAGUAGUGUUUAUGUUGGCGCGCUGGUUGUUGUGUCGGUAUGUAAAAUGUCUGCUGAAGGUUAACGAAAAAGCACUGAGUGUAAAAGCAGCGGAAUCGCUACUGUAAUUUUUUGAUGGCUGUUUUUUUGUUUUGUUUUAAUUCUUGAUGCUGUACUCUCCUAAAAUGCUGACUGUUGGGGCCAGUUUUUUAUCAUCUACAACAUUUUUAACACAAAUCAAAUAACCACAUGACGAUGUUUAUGAAUAUCUUUGCUAGAUUAUGAUGUGAUGAAGCCUGAUUGUAAUAAAAGAUGUAUAUUAUA